AUGGAACUCCCACCCUCCUCCACUUCCUCGACGUCUCAGUCGCUAGCACUGGUCAAGAAAACAGCGCUCAUGCCGUCGUUAACGUCAAUGACCAAGACGUUCUUUACGAAGACGUUCAUGACGCCUCCGCUGAAGUUAUGGGGCGGUCAGAGCAGUCCAACCGGCGUGGACGACCUCUCUGGCACGACUACUAGUAGCGACGGGCGGGGCGACAUAUGUGAGAUUGUGGUCGUCGCUAUACAAAAAGUUACAAUCCCGGAUCCAGCUACGUCGACGAAUAACGAACACGACCUCCCAAGCACCUUUGGCUCGAGUCGCCUGCUGCAAAAGUCGCUGGUCUGGGGCUCGACGACCACGAAGAAAAUACCGAAGCCUCAACUAUCGAAGCAGGUACCGCCUCGUCUCGUGUGUACCCUCCGCAGCGGCGGGACGACGAAAGUCUCGGCUCAGGCGGAACGACACGAUCGGACGUUUGACUUUGAUGAGAAGUUCGUCUUUGAACGACGAGAGCACGACGCGCAGUACCAGAAAGUGACGAUCGACGUCUCGCGGGGCCCGUCGGGGUUUACGAAGAAGCCGAAUUGCCUUGGUCACGUUCAGGUGGACUUGAACGAGGCGUUUCAGGCACAGGCAACAGGACCCAUCUAUCGACACUGCACCUUGAUGACGUCCAAUGGAUCCGAGGACAUGGGCGUGGAGAUCCACUUUGUCCUUCACCGUCUAGUCGUGCAAAACGCCACGGCCGCGGCUGCCUCUCGUGUGCUCACAAGGUCAAGCGGGAGUCUCAAUGACGAUGACGAUAUGGACGCGUGCGGACAAAUUUUCCCGGAUCUGUGGUAUCUUUGCUAA